AUGUCGAGCUCUGGUUUCAUGGCGUUCGAGAUCAGCUCCAAGGCACACGGCCACCGAGCCAUGGGCCAGGGCCUGGUCCGCGUCUACUCGCCGAUGGUCACCGUCGGCGGCCACUGCUGGAGGCUGGCCUGCUACCCGUACGGCGACGCUCCACGCGUACCCGCCCUCACCCGCUUCGCCUCCGUCUACCUCGAGCUUGUGAGCCAUCCAACGCACGCCGUGACGGCCACCUUCGACGCCUUCGCCGUGCAUGGCGACGGGUCGUCGCCGCCGUCCCACCACAACCAAUGCGUGCACGUCUACUCGCCGGACCACCGUGGCCUCAGGAGGUCCGGCGGGUUUCCCGAGUUCAUCCCCGUCGACACCCAAUUCAACGUCAAUGACAUAACUGUCAUGUGGAGGGUCACCGUUGCGCGAGACGCUUCCUUGUCGAACCAGCUCGGCCGCCUGCUCGACCGCGACGCCUGGACGGACGUCUCCUUCGUGGUCGCCGGCGAGACCUUCCGCGCCCACCGCGCGCUCCUCGCCGCCCGCUCCCCGGUCUUCGAGGCGGAGCUCUUCGGCGCCAUGCUCGAGUCCUCCUCCUCCUCCUCCUCCCCCAUCGCUCUGGAGGACAUCGAGCCCGAGACCUUCGGAGCAGUGCUCCGGUUCAUCUACACCGACACCCUGCCCGACGACGCCGACGGCGAGCCCCCCGACACGGAGGCGCUCGGACGUCUCCUCGCCGCGGCCGACCGGUUCGCGCUCGACGGCCUCAAGCUCGAGUGCACCCAUAGGCUGCUGCGCACCGUGUCCGUGGGCACGGUCGUCGACAUGCUACGCUUGGCCGGGACGCACAGCUGCGCCGAGCUCAAGGCAGGGUGUAUCGGCUUCAUUGCCAUGAUUCAGAAUUUCAAGGACGUCGUGCUAACUGAUGGCUUCGUGCAGCUCGCGGUAGAAUCCCCAACGAUUCUCGCCGAACUUAGGGAGAGGACUGACUAUUUUGCAUGA